AUGGAUGACUUUUUCUCCAAGCCGAUGAAGCUGGUGACGCUGGCUGCGGCCGGUGAUGCCUUCGUUCUGGCUGCUGUAUGGCGCAAGUGGGGGCCUACGGUGUCGUACACGCCCAACUUCCUCAGAGACAGCUACUUCAACAGCUACCUGGUCUUCUUCUGGGCCUCGUGGUGGCUGCACUUCUGGGGUUGGCUGUGGUAUCGCUUGAUACUGAAGCCCAAGUAUCUCUCCAAGAUGCGGCACCUGCCCGAGCCUACUGAGGGCAGAAGUUGGUGGUUUGGGUACGGUGGCCGCACCUUUAGCGAGGGUAAUGGGGCUGGUCCAGCCGAGUGGUCCCGAACACUGAAACAUGAUGGCGUAUUUCGCUUCCUGGGCCUGUUCAACUGCGAGCGUGUUGUCGUUGCCGCGCCAGAAGGACUGGCAGAAGUCCUGACGCGAGUGAGCGACUUCAUCCAACCUAUUCACCUCUCGUUCAUUGCCCAGUCGAUCCUCGGACCGGGCGUUGUAUUGGUGAACGGAGAAGAACACAAGCGCCAGCGCCGUCUCUUGCUCCCAUCCUUCGCCAUGAAGCACAUCCGAGCCCAGCAGCCCAUCUACUGGUCCAAGGCAGUCGAGGCCACCGAGAAGUUGACGAGCUUCGCCGCCAGCACAAUUAACCCAGACUCCGGAUACAGUGACAAGACCGAGAUCGGCGAGCUGGCAGGCUUCACUGCAUUGGACGUCAUCUCCAAGGCGGCGCUGGGUGUCGACUUCGAGGCCAUCGCCAACCCAGAUUCACACCUCAUCCAGAACUACCGCACCGUGUUCGAGCCGACGCGCAUGUUCCAGAUCUUCAGCGUCCUCAAGUUCAUCAUCCCGCCAAACAUGGUCAACAGCCUGCCCGUCAGGCACAACACCGAGGUGCGCAACGCCGCCCGCGUGGUGCGGGACGUGUGCCGGACCACGCUGCGCGAGAAGCGCGAGCGGUACAAGCGCGGCGACCUGCACGACUCGGACAUCGUGUCGGCGCUGAUCCGCGACCGCAACAAGGAGCUCGAGGAGGACGACGUGGUGACGCAGAUGAUGACGAUGCUGGGGGCGGGCCACGAGACGGUGUCGGUGGCCAUGACGUGGGCCAUGUACGAGCUGUGCCGGCACCCGGAGUGGCAGGACAAGCUGCGCGCAGAGGUGAGGGCGAAGCUGCCGCCGCCGCGGCCCAACGGCGUGGGCCCCUCGGCCGAGGCCCUCGAGAUCGAGAACAUGCCCCUGCUCAACGCCUUCUGCCACGAGGUCAUCCGCUACUGGCCGCCCAUCCCCAUGAUCAUGCGCACCGCCGCCGUGGACACCACCAUCAUGGGCCACUUCGUCGCCGCCACGACAAAGGUCAUCCUCUCGGUCACGGGCACCAACCGCAACCCGGACCUGUGGGGCCCCGACGGCGCCAGCUUCAACCCGAACCGCUUCUACGACGAGGCCGGGGACAGGUACGACUCCACCGGCGGCGCAAACACAAAGUACGCCCACCUGUCCUUCAUCCACGGCGGCCGCGACUGCCUGGGCCGCAACUUCGCCAAGGCCGAGAUGCUGACCGUCAUCGCGUGCUGGGUCGGCCGGUUCCGCUGGGAGCUGGCCGACGCCCGCGACCUGGACGAGAGCAGGGUGCCGCUCUCGGGCGGGAGCUUCUCCAGCAAGCCGCUGCACGGGGUGUGGUGCAAGGCCAAGGUUGUGCCUGGGUGGUGA